AUGUUUUCCUAUCAAUCCCUACAAGUGGCUCCUGUUGGAUCCUACGUGCCCCCUGUUCCGUAUCGUGCAAGUGAAGCCCAGGCUCCUUUGGAUUUAUCCUUGCGAUCUUCUGCACCUAUAACACCCCCUUCGACGCCGUCGCCUCCGCGAAAAAGACUCAGAGCUCCAGAUAUUGAGCAACAGUCAAAUAAUGAGGAUUUGGAUACAUUGCCAGAAGAUUUCUGGCGUCAUAGAUUUGGAUAUUUUGACGAAGAGAGCCUUCGUCCAAUUCUCGGCAAUGGGACCCUAAGUAAUAGACUCCUCAAAGCUUCCACAUUUGUUGAUUAUUUUCUACAAGACAAUCCUAAAUCUACUAAAGAAGAUUCAAAUGAAAUCGCUGAAGAGGAAGAAGUGUUUGUGGAUAUAACCAGCCCAGAUGAAAACGACAUGCAACUUCCAUCAGAUGAACCUUCUGAAAAUAUUCUAACCGACGAUGAAGAAGAACUAAGUCUGGAUGAUAAGUCCGACUCUAUAAUUGAUGUGUGUGAUUCAGUGCCAUACAUUCAGGAAAUUGGCAAUUACCCAUCUAAACCCCCUGAAAAUGUGGAUGAUGAGGAAACAGACGAUGAAGAUCAGGAGCAAAUGGGAAUCCUGGAUAAGGGGAAACUUUGCUUUAAAAAUGAAACAUAUCACAAUCAAGCCAUACAAGGAUUUGCUAAACUUUUCGAAAAGACUUUUGAAAAUCUACCCGAAGAUUCGGAAGUGUUAAAAAUGCACGGAGAACCUUCACAGAGUGCCCAUCAGGCCACUGUUGGUGCUAAAAGUGAAGUCAAGAAACGGAUAAAGUUGAGGAAGACAACCCUCGAUGAGGACAACACGAGCCCAGUUUCAGGGACAAUCAUUAGGAAAUUGCGUGACGACGAAGAGCUCGUGGUGCGAAAAGGGGAUAUUGAUCCUGCCUUCAAUGUUGUGGAAAUCACAGAAGAAGCCCAGCGCCUAAUUGCAAAGAUCGACAACAAAAUUGGUUCCUACAUUUGUCAAUUGUGUCGCAUUAUGUACGAUGAUGCAUUUCAAUUGGCCCAGCAUAGGUGCUCUAGGAUUGUCCACAUUGAGUACCGAUGUUCUGAGUGUGAUAAAGUUUUUAACUGUCCAGCUAAUCUUGCAUCACACAAGAGAUGGCAUAAACCACGUAAUAGUAGUGGAAGUCCAGUUAAAAAGUCAGUAACCACAUCAGCAGCAAAGGUGCCAAAAAGUCAGCCUUUGGAAAACUCAGCUCCUCCUUUGACUUCCACUUCUGAGAUUAAUGGAACCAUGGACCAAACGCAAGAAGCAAACUUCCCAUGCCCUCUUUGUGGAAAAACUUUCCGGCGGCAACCUUACUUAAAGAAGCACAUGUUGUCGCAUCAGGAAAUUUAUCCAGACACUCAGAGUGCUUCAGCAACAACCAAUGGAGAUCCCCUUAUGAUCUACAAAAAGGCAACUUUUCCACUCCAACCAGCUCCUUCACGUCAACUGGGCUACGACUACUCUCGAUACUACAACCUCAAUCCCAUGCCCUUGGAUGACAAGACGAGGUUUCCAUCAUUCAGUCAGCUAUACUAUCAACAUCGUGAAAGAUACUCUUCUGCCUUCCAAUUUGUUCGCAACCAAGCGUUCGAGGCAUUUAAUCUCAAGAGAUCUUUUGGUGGAAUUACAUCCAACAUGAUACUGCCACCGGAUAAAUGACAAAGGAUUCUUAGGCCAGUUCCACGACUGGCCACAUCU